CUGGGAUCAGCUGCUUUGUACAAACACCCUGAGUGCCGAGUCUGAACUGAUGCUACAGCUUCCAGCUACAAUCAGUAAAAGUUUUAGAUUUUGAGAUUGAAAUGGAAGGCAACAUUGUGUAACCUGAGAUGACACAGAAAUUCCAGGAAACCUCUGGAUUGGAAUCAUCUGCAUCACUCACCGAUCACAUUCCUCAACCCAGAACAGAGUCUGCAUUGGCCAUGUCUGAAACUGUAGACUCCAAUUUCAUUGAUAUGUCUGAAACUCUAAGCGAGUCUGAAGUUAUCUCUGAGAACGUACCAUCAGCUAAUGGAGCGACAGCUUCUCUCUCAUCUUCUGAAAGUUCCAUUCAAGAAAGUUCCUGUCUUCUGGAAUCUACAAAGAGUCCCAAGGUAUCGCUACCCAAUGAAGUGAACAAGAAAUUCCAAGAAACUCCUCCAAAAUCGACAACAGCAAAUGAUCAUCUAGAUUCAGUCUCAUUAGAACCUGCAUCAAAAAUGCUUACAAUUCUACACCUGGGUGACAUUGAUGUGUCUGAAAUUGCAAAUGACAAUAUAUCUAACUUAAUGUCAAGCAUUGAUGAUGCAUCAGCUUCUACAGAAAGACUUUCUCCUUCACUUCCUCAAAAUGAAACAGAAGGAAGAAUGGACCUACAAGAAUCUACAGGAAAGAGUACUAAGGGAAACCAAAAACAGAAUAGGAAGAAGAAUGGAAACAAUCAAGCCCCCACUUUACCAGAGAAAGCUGGAAAUGUGCCUCAUUUCCCUGAGGAAAAAUCAUCUGCACAUUCCACUCCAGCGGUGUCUGCAAAUCAGCAGAAGAAAUUGAACAUUGUCACAGCAAUGAAAGGAGAAGAUAAAAAAGACUCAUCUCUCCAAAAAAAUGCUGUCAGCAAUACUGAGGGUGUGCAGAGUAAAGGAAAGAAGAAGAAAAGGCGCAGAAACCGAAGUAGAAAGAAGUCAAAAAUCUCGAUACCUCAAACUGCUGCAGCAGACCCAAAAAAAGAAUUGCCUGCCAGUGAUUCAGCUGAGUCAACAUGUGGAGAGCAAGCAGGUGGUGAGCAUGGUCAAGAUACCAGCCAGCCUGCUUACUCUGGUGAAGGUGCCAGUGAAGCAACAGAAGAUGUUGCUGAAUCCAAGCUAACCUCAGAAGAAAAACAAUCGGAAUCUACUGAAGAUGUGAAACAAGUUGAUCCACAAAAUGCAAUCAAACAGCAAAUUCCUUUCACAAAGAGUUCUCUGGGAGAUGAUGAAUAUAUCAAAAGUAAAUCAAAGAAGAAGAAAAGGAUGAUGAAGGAAGAUGAAGAGAAAGAUUCUGAAAAGAAAAGCAAACUGCAGCAGAAUAUGGACAUGGUGGAGGAUGAGCCUAUGCCUGCUGCCACAGAGAAGGAGUUGGAGCUGGAGGUGGGAUCUUCAUCUCAGAUCAGUAAUGUGGACUCCAAGGAUCCAAAGGAAAGUGGAGAAGUAAAACCUCAGUCAGAAGUGGAUGUUAAAGGCGGAGCUGCUGGUGUUUCCCAGAGUGGUCAGGGCAAGAGUGAUAAAGACACAGCCAAACCAAAAUCUGCUAAAGAUCAGUCAGCCAACUACAACACAGGCAGGAGUGACUCUGUACAAGUAAAUCACAAAGCCACUCAACAUAAGGAUGCAAAUGAAACAGGCAAUGAUAACAAGAAUGUUCCAGAAUCAAAUUCAACACACCAAGGUGGAAACCUAUCUAAUGAUCAAAAGCAACCAGCAGCUUGUUGCAAUCAACCUCCACCAGGCAUGCUCACUGUCUAUUUCUAUGCAAUAAUUCCACAUGAAAUUAAAUUUAAUCAGAUACAUGAUAAGUUGUUUUUACUUUUUGAAAAUGGAAGGAGAAUACUUGAAGUCAUAUCUAUCCGGAAUGUUAGUAAAGCUGGAAAACUUGUGCAGAGUUUCAUCUUUCAACCGCUCAUAAUCAAAGGAAAUUCCAUCCCUUAUUUGUAUGCUGUAAAGAACAGGAAUCAAUGGAUUCAAGAGAUUGCUUCACGGUUUUUAACAAUACCUUUUGAUAUAAAUGAAAAUGAAUGGCACCAGUAUGAUGGCAUCCUGAACUAUGCACCCCUGCAGGGUUUUAUAUAUGCAAUGAAAAAUUUCAGGCAACUUGGAAUGACUCCUGCAGAAAGGAUUUUUCAGUCAAAGUGUACAGGAGGACAAGUUAUGCUGGAGACUAUCUUUAACCUUCCUGAGUCCUUGAAUAAUGCAAGAUUUGAGCAAUUUAAACUACAACUGAAACACUUUCAGCUGUGCCACCAGUUGGCUUUUGAACAAGAGUGGUUUACAAAUACACAAACUAAUUUUGAUGAAAAAGAGGUUAAAAAAUUGAUAAUUGAGCAGGUGCAGAAAUUUCUGCUCCCUUACACUAAGCCAGAACCUAAAGAGGCAAAAAAAUCCAAAAGAAUUGUGAAAAAUCCAUUUGUAGCUGGAAUGGUGGCAUUUGUUAUUCAGAACCAUUGCUCUUUGGCGUUGGAUGCAAGUGACUUGAUAACUAUCUGCCACAUGUUACAAAUGCCUCAGGAGUGUACAGAUGAGCAUCUCCAACACUUGAAAGAAUUUGCAGCGUUUUUCCCAAAACAUCAGUAUACCUUUACAGCAUUGAUUAAUCACUGCAUUUCUCAAGAAGUUUUGGAAUUUGUGCAAGUUGUACCACUUCUUCACUGGUGUAUGAAACAGUAUCAACUGUCAGUGAGCAGUGACACCCGUUUAAGCAAGUUAGAACCACUGCAAGGAGUUUCCUAUAAAAGCUUUCGAUGCAGGAUAACAGGCAAACCUGAAAUAAGAAGAAAAUUACUGGACCUCGUGUUCCAGAUGAAGCUUAUGACUGAGAAAGACCCGACACUGGUUCUCACCUGGUUUUCAUUGAUUGCAACUGACGAUAUUCCUGAAUAUUCAAAGGAAAUGGGAAUGGCCCUGAAACAUGUUGCACAAGAAUUCAUGUACAGAUUACAAGAGUCUGAAAAGAAAAUGGAAAAGUAUAGCCAUAAACUGUGCCAUGAAGAUGUUCAGGCAUUUGGCAAAAUCAUCUGUUUAAUGAAAGAAAAGGUAGACCAACAAUCAGACAGUGGGAAUAUCUCUCAGUUCCCAGAAAAUUGCUUGAAAUGGAGUAUUAAGAUGCAUACAAUAAUUUGCAAACUGACUGAGGCCACAGGACUAUAUGAAGUUCCAGCUCUUUCAUUUCAGCUUGUAAUUAAAUUUGCUGAAAAAAUAAAGGGACUACUAACAGAGCAAUUGCAGGCUGAGCCAUCUCCUGAAGCAAAUCUAGUCCAAAUCAAUGUAAAAGAAAUAGUCGACUGUUGCCAAAGUACCCUCCGCACUUGGCGGACGAAAAACUUGCCAAGAAGCAUACUUGCCCAAGCAAAGUUCAAUAGCAGAAAAGAACCAGAGAUAUGGAGUUGCCAUUUCUCCUUAGAAUGUGGAGUUGCCGACUGGACAACGGAGUGGAGAGACAUGACAAAAACUGACCUUAUAAAAAGAUUGCAGCAGGAGACACCCUCUGACCAGAUUGUCAUCUACUGGAAUGAGAAGGAAACUUUAGCUACAUUAAAUCCCACUCUUUUGGAUUGUUUUGAGUACUGUGCACUUAAUGCUGUGAAAGAGGUUUGCCAGAGCAAAAAGGAAGCUGAACUGCUUGAAAAGUUGCAAGUAUUGAAACACCAAAAAUGUGCAAAGGUUUUAUCAGAACUAAUUGAAGAGUCUGGCAAAAGAAUGGAACGCAGCAAAUUCAGAGGUGUUGGCUGUGUGCUGAGUUCAGAUUAUGCCGUGCACUAUUGCCUUCUACAAGGUGACUGCAGUAAACUCGAUGUCUCAGCAAAAGCAAGAAAUUUACUAAAAGAUGCCGAGAAGAGUUUUUGCAUGAUGGUUGAAUGUCUCUAUCAAGGUUCCGUGAUGGUUCCUGACCUACAGUUACUUCUGCUGAAAAGAAAGGAGUAUUUCAAUUUAUUUAAAGCACAACAGAAACUCCCAGACCAUCAAAGGAAGGCAUUUUUUCAAGUUGAUGCUGAAAAGCUGAUGUCAAGGAGAGAAGCUGAACUUGAGGUCUUUCAGAGUGAGAGAAAAUCCAUUGAAACAUUAAUAAAUAUGGUUGAAAAAAUUCAUGAAACUAUUUCAGUCAUUGACAUCACUCCCCUUGAAGAAAAACACAAGGCCAACAUCCAAUUCAUGAGACUCAAUGAGCUCAUUGAGACAAAACCCUGGACAGAUGAAGAAAUUGAAAUUCAGCCAGUUUGUUAUGUUAAAUAUUUUGCCCUGAGCAGCAGUGUUAGAGCCAUGGCAAUGACAAUGUAUAAGCUCAAAGAUAGCAUGGUUCUUCAAAAGUGCUGGCUACGAGCUAGUUCAGUGCCCAGUUAUGAAGAAAGAUCUCUGGAGGACCUCUGUGCUGGGAUCUGGAGCUGCUGCUGGACUUACUACAAAGAACUAUGCAGGAAAACUGACAUGGGCACCAUAACAUUCCAGGAGAUUGACUGGAUGUUUUUCAGUCGACGAGAGAACUCUGAUGAAAUUAGGAAUGAGUUAGCCAUCAUGUUCAAAAUGGUAAAAGGAAGCGAUUUGCCUGAGAAAAGACUUGAGCAGAUCCAACAGUAUUUUCAACUUCACUCAGCUGUUGACUCUGCACGAAUACUUCAAGACAUUGUGAGGGAGCUAAACCUACAGGGAGACUUCAGAAAAAUUCAUAACUUGACAAAAGUAACUGAACACUCUUUCAAGAAACAGUCUCUCGAAUACAUUGACAGAGACUUAAUUGAGACCAAAAAACUGCUGGUGAAAAUCACUCCAGAAUGCAGAGAGUGUUUACAGGAAUUUGUUCAAAAGCAGCCAUUUGUAAACUGGGUGAAAGAUACUUUGCCAAACUUAAGGGAGGUCAAAGUGUUUGUGGACCUGGCAUCCAUAUCAGCUGGAGAAAAUGACAUGGAAAUUGAUCGUGUCGCCUGUUUCCAUGACGCUGUGAUGGGAUAUUCUCCCUUAAUUUAUGAACUGCAGCAGAACACAGAUUUUGAAGGGUUAAAGACCACUGUACAUAAAAUCCAGAAGGCACUUAGGAGUGAUUUGAAACUUUCACAAAAACUGAGAGAUUCUGCUCGCUACUUGGAAUGGCUGAAAACCUUAAGGGAAAGUCAUGGAUCUGUAGAGACUUCCUCUCUAUCUCUAGCAGCAGCCAUCAAUCACAAAGGAGUUUAUAUUGUGGGCAGCAUUCUUCAACCACAUGAUGAAAAGCUGUCACUUGAAAGAGUCCUUCACCUGGCUCUUUAUGACGAGAGCACUGACGAAUGGAAGAAAUACACACUUCAAGACCUGAAAGAAUUGCAGAACAAAUUAAUGCUGAUGUCAGGAAAAAGAGAAUGUGGGAAAGAGGAAGUUGCCAGAUUCAUGGAGAAUUUUAACAAUGUCCAAAGGCUCGGAAAAGCAUUUAUGGAAUUGUACUCAUCUGGAAACAUGCUUUAUAGAAACUGGAAGGCACAUGUGCAUUGCAGUAAAGAGAGUGAUGUUUGUAUGACAAUGGACUUUAAUGUAAAGGAUAUUGGACCCCUGAAAGUAUGUGGAGAUCUCUCAGAGCAGCUCCAGGUAUUGUGCAGAGCACUUGAAAAUUGCCUUCAGGAGUGGCGUGAGUUUAUUGAGAACAGCCGUGCAAAAUACUACCAUCUGAAUUACUACACAGCAGAACAGAUACUGUAUCUGUGUUCAGAACUGGGAGGCUUUGCUGCUGGGAGGACUUUGUGUGAGCAGGUAAUGACAAUGUUAUCAUUCAUCAAACCUGACUGCACAGCAAAUGACAUCAGAAGGGCAAUGUCUCAGCUAAUUGCAUUGAGUGAGAAUUCUGAAGAUGAGGAGACAAGUGACUUUGAGCUGGAAGCUGAAGACAGUGACAGUGAGGAGGUUGGUAUGGAUUCGACAGGACUUGAUCUGCCAACUGCAUGUUCACUGCGGUACUUCACAGAAAGAGAUCAUGUUCAAAGACGUACUCAUGACCGUUAUGAGGAAUGUGAUAAUGAAUUAACAGAGUUCCAGUAUGCUGAACCUUCUGAAUUCCAAUGUUCAGAACGUGCCCGAUUCCAACAGAUUGAGUCUUCAGAAUCUCUAUGUGAAGAAAUGCCUGAUGCUAGCAUAUUAAAAAUGGCUUUCCAAAAAGAAGUCACAAAUCUUUCCGAGGCAAUUACAUUACUCUGGAACACGUUUAUGGAAGACAUGACCACUUUUUUAAUUGACCAUUUAGAUCUAUCUGCUUGUGGUGAAUUACUUAGCUGCCUGUCUCAAAUGAAUGAAGCAACAGUAAGCAGGCAGCUUCCUCCAUCUCUGCGUCACGGAAGACCAAAUCUCAUAAUGUGUGCACAGCCUGAGAUCUUUCGGGCUGCACUAUGCAUCUACAUGCAGACUCAAGGGCACCCUCUGCCUACAUAUGAUGAAGUUCUUCUUUGCUCUGAAGAAACAACUAACGAAGAAGUAGAGCUAUUCUUACGAAGGGCUUUGAGCAGAGGGUCUCACGAACAGAAAAUUUACACAGUGAUUCAUGCUGAUUGCCUAAGUUAUGAGACAGGCGUCAGAUUUGGAGAACUAUUUGAGCAAUUGCUCUGUCACUGUAAUCCAGACUAUCAGUUUGUUGCGAUUUGCGAUGCUAAGCGCCAGCAUUGCUAUGUCCCAUCAUAUCUCAGUCAUUUCAAAGUACCUGCAGGACUGAAUAGUAAAACAGAAGCCAUUAAGCAAUACUUGGAACAGCAUUUCACUGUCCCCCAGGGGCAGAUCUCUGCAGCCCAUGUAUUCCAUGACCGACUUUCAGUCAGAGUCGUAUCAUCAAAAAGACCUGGUGUGGGAAAGUCACUCUACAUUAAACAGUUACAUAAAAGGCUUUCACAGCGCAGUAUUAGAAAACACACUGCCCUGAAGAGAAUCCGAUUAAUUGAACCUACAAUUGAUGAAAAUCGUAUUGUCCAAAUGCUGCAUGAUCUUUCAUGUCACUACGAUCUUCGACAGCCAAUGAUAUUCCAUAUUGACGCAUCGCCUGUAAGGAAAAGAUUGGAGGAAUUCCUUUUCAAGAUCCUAAUUCUAGGAUUCCUGAAGGACAGUUGGGGAAGGAUCUGGAAACGUAACACGACUCACCUGUAUAUUGUGGAACAUCUGGAUGUCAAUGAAUUCCUUUAUAAACAACAAGCUCAGCAGGCAAGCAUGGGACUUCUAGGUAUCCUACCCACUAUUCACUGCAGAUCACCAAGAGAAGUUCGUCAGCUCGAACUAAAAAAGCACCAAGGCAUCCACCAUAAUAUUUUAGAUCCAUUAAUGGACGAAGAUGUAUUUGUCAGUGAAGCCUAUCAAAGACCUUACCAAUAUCUCCGUAGGUUCAGUGUGCAUAAGGACAUUGAUGCAUUCUCAUAUAAAAAGUAUAGCGUUGAAGGAAAUCCAGCUGAAUGCCUAACUUUAUUCCUACAGUACUGUGGACUAAGGGAUCCUUCCUGGGCAGAGUUGAGAAACUUUACUUGGUUUCUGAACCUUCAGCUAAAAAGCUGUGAGCAGUCAGUAUUUUGUAAACCUUUGUUUGUUGGAGAUACCCUGAUUGGUUUUAAAAACUUCAUUGUUGAGUUCAUGAUUCUCAUGGCUCAAGACUUUGCAACACCCGCGAUGAACAUUUCAGAUGAAAGCCCUGAUUUCUCAGCUUUCCAAGAAGAGGAAGACCUGCUUCCAUUCUUGAUCCGGAAAAGAUGGGAAACCCACCCUCACCCAUACAUCUUUUUCAAUGCAGACCAUUUGUCCAUGACGUUCUUUGGUUUUCAUUUAAAAAGUGUUGGAAAGCGAAUUGAUGCUGUGGAUCAUCGGACUGGUGAGGUUCUGAAAGGAAAUGUCAUGUCUCCACAACUAUUAAAUGGGCUUAGCAUGCAGAGAAUACAGUUCAACGAGGAUAUCGAUAAUCUUCCCAGAGAAGUGAAAAUCCGAAAGCUUUGCCUUGUACUUGGGAUUGAAGAAGCAAUCGAUCCAGAUGAGACUUAUGAACUAACUUCAGACAACAUGAUGAAAAUGUUGGCCAUCCACAUGCGCUUUAGGAGUGAAAUUCCUGUCAUCAUCAUGGGGGAGACUGGCUGUGGGAAGACAAGACUGAUUAGGUUUCUUUGUGAUCUACAGAAAGGGAAGCAUAAGACUGAAACAAUGAAACUGGUUAAGGUACACGGAGGCACAACAGCAGAGAUAAUCUAUGCAAAAAUUGGAGAAGCAGAAAAGCUUGCCCUUGGAAACAAGGUCAAGUAUGGCUUGGACACGGUCCUGUUCUUUGAUGAAGCCAACACCACAGAAGCUAUCCAUGCCAUUAAAGAAGUCCUCUGUGAUAAAACAGUUCAAGGUAAAACAAUGAAAAGCAACACUGGUUUAAAAAUAAUUGCAGCCUGCAACCCUUACAGAAAGCAUUCGGAAGCUAUGAUCAAACGUCUGGAAAUGGCUGGAUUGGGAUACCGAGUUAAAGUUGAUGAGACUGAAGAUAAGCUGGGAAAAAUACCUCUGAGACAGCUAGUUUACAGGGUGCAGCCAUUACCGCCAAGUAUGAUUCCACUUGUAUGGGAUUUUGGACAGCUGAGUGACAAAGCUGAGUUGGCUUACACGAAUCAGAUUGUUCGAAGAUAUAUCCGGAGCCAUAAUCUUCCUUUUCUGCAUGCGGAAAUCAUAAUGCAAGUUCUAGCAGCCUCACAGAAAUUCAUGAGGCAAAAGAAAGAUGAGUGCAGCUUUGUGAGCUUGCGAGAUGUGGAACGAUGCAUGAAAGUCUUGGUGUGGUUUUAUGCACACAGAGAAAAUCUAUUUGACUACCCAAACCCAAACACAAAUAUGUUACAAGCUCUGAUAUCGGCGCUAGGAGUUUGUUACUAUGCUUCCCUGUCAUGCAAGGCACGGUAUUUAGCAACGAUAUGCAAAUUUUUCCCUGAACCUUAUGAUUCAGCGACUGAAAUCCACAAUCAAAUUGUCCGCUGUCAAAAUAUUUUCAUGAAAAAUAUAAACACACGGGAAACAAUAGCUAAAAAUGAGGCCUUAAAUGAGAAUGUUUUCUUAAUGAUCAUUUGCAUUGAACUGAGGAUCCCACUAUUCCUUGUUGGUAAACCUGGCAGUUCAAAAUCUUUGGCAAAAACUGUUGUGUUAGAUGCAAUGCAGGGGCAAUCUGCUUACUGUGAGCUGUUCAAAAAGCUGAAACAAGUUCACAUGGUGUCUUUUCAAUGCAGCCCCCAUUCAACAGCAGAGGGGAUCAUCAACACGUUCAAACAGUGUGCACGCUUUCAGCAGGGCAAAAACCUGGAUGAGUAUGCUUCCGUUGUGGUCUUAGAUGAAAUUGGCUUGGCUGAAGACUCUCCACAGAUGCCAUUGAAAGCUCUGCAUCCAUUGUUGGAAGAUGGCUGCAUUGAUGAUGACAAUCCAGUCCCUCACAAGAAAGUGGGCUUCAUUGGAAUUUCAAACUGGGCCUUGGAUCCUGCCAAAAUGAACCGUGGGAUUUUUGUUUCUCGAUUGGAUCCAUGUCAGAACGAGCUCAUCGAGACAGCCAAAGGAAUAUGUUCAUCUGACCCCGCUUUGCAACAAAAGGUGCAACAUCUCUUUCCCACCUUUGCAAAAGCGUAUCUAGAAGUUUGUAACAUUGAAGACGGGCAGUUUUUUGGACUCCGCGACUACUACAGCCUUGUCAAGAUGGUUUUUAUCACAGCGAAGGAGACAAAGUGCAAUCCAACAGAGCAACAGUUGGCUGACACCAUCUCUCGGAAUUUCAGUGGUAAAGAUGACUUUAAUCCACUUGAAAUUUUUCUCCCUAAUUUAGACUCUCUUCCUCAAAUAAGUACACUGGAGAUGGUGAAGAAAAAUAUCAGAGCAGAUUCCAGUGCUGGAGAGUGUCGCUAUCUACUGCUCCUCACCAAGAAUUACGUUGCCCUUCAGAUUGUACUGCAACAUGUUUUUCUUGAUCUGGAUGACAAGCCUGAGAUUAUAUUCGGGUCCAGUUUUCCAAAGGAUCAGGAGUAUACGCAAAUUUGCAGAAAUGUAAAUCGAGUGAAGACCUGCAUGGAGACUGGGAGGACAGUAAUCCUUCUGAAUUUGAAAAACUUGUAUGAAAGCCUUUAUGAUGCCUUGAAUCAGUACUACGUGACCCUUGGAGAAUACCAAUAUGUGGAUCUGGGCUUAGGAACACAUCGUGUCAAAUGCAGAGUGGACAAAAAUUUUCGACUCAUUGUUAUUGAAGAUAAGGAUGUUGUCUAUGAACAGUUUCCCAUUCCUUUGAUCAAUAGACUUGAAAAACACAGCCUGGACAUGGGUACUGUACUUAACCAACAGCAGCAAAGUAUCAACAAACAAUUGGAGCUAUGGGUCAAGGAGUUUGUGUCAGUGAAAAUGAGUCAUGAUGGACUUCAAGGUGGAUUAAUGCUAAACCCUUCAGAGGUGAUCAUUGGAUUCCACACUGAUGCAUGUCCCAGUGUACUGCUGCAAGUUCUGGAUACUGCAGACCUGACAAACAAUGAUAUCUUUGAAGAUCCUCGAAUUAUACUUAAAUCAGCAAAAAGACUUCUUUUAAACUGUGUGACUCCAGAUGCCGUGGUUCGUUUAAAACAUUCAAAGCUAGGGGAUCAGGAAGUCAAGGAGCAAUGGGAAGAAUACUUUGUUCAACAAUGCCAUAGGUCACUGAGUUAUUAUAUUCAUCACCAUCUUGGAAACACAGAAACACGACGACACAAUUUUGUUGAGGUAACAACAUUUUCCAGGCUUCUCACCAAGACAGACGUCAAGGUACUGGUCAAGGAACUUGGUGACAAUGUCGAGGAAUUUUCCCUGCUGUUCCUGCACCAGUUUGACACAGAAUAUUCCUUCUGUAAAAAGAUAAGAGAGUCAUUUCAAAGCCUGAGGACUGGCACUCAAGUGUUACUGAUACAAAUGGAUACUGAAGAGUCCUCCCACAGUUCAGAGCUGAUUGCUUCUGCCAAAUAUUGUACAAUGAACGAAAUGAAUCUGAUGAGCUCUACAUCCAAGUCAAACUGCUUUGUGUAUUUUAUCACAAAGCUCUCUCGAAUUGCAGGCCGAACAAAAUAUAUUGGAUUUCAAGGAGGCCAAUGGCUUUCUGUCCACAUUGACGAUGUGACUGAAUCAGAGGAGAUGACCUCCGAUCUAUCUGCAUUCUAUAACCUGACUAUCAGCGAACUGUUUGCAAAGGCUUUGGGUGUACCCGCAGCAAUUGAUGAGCAGAACACAAUUCUAGAAGAUGAUGGAAAAAUCCAGGCAAAACCAAGCAUUCUCAACACAACAUUCCUGUUACAAAGCUGCACACAGAGUGCAGUCAGUAAAAUACGUGAUGGGGAAGAAGGAUCCCAUCGAAACACUGACCGUGUUCAGAUCCUCCUGGAUCUCCUGAGAGAAGAGGGGGAAUAUGAGGCACAGUUUUUGAGGACGGUAACAGAGAGACUGAUGCUACAGCUGCAAGAACAGGAGGAGAUAUCUUCAAAUCCAAAAGAAUGGAUGUGUAAUGAGGCCAAGAAAGUCGGUGCUCUGCAGGAGGGCGGCACAUUCAGACACACAGUCUGGAAGUGCAUUCAGAAGGUGGUCACUCCAAACCUGGCCCUGAUGAUUUCCAUUCUAGACAGAGACUAUAACCUCAAUCUUUUGGUGGAUCCUAAAGUGGACACAGAAAUUAAACAGCUCUGGCUCAACAUUUUCAAAGAUACACAGAUACUGAAAGUAUCUCACCAACAGCAAAGCUCAGGGCCAAAGACAGAGGAAAUAACAGUCAGUCACAAAGUGAGUAAAAUUCGUGAAGGAAUUUCCUCUGCUGCCCCUUUCAGCUGGUUGAUCAGACAAUACAUUGACGACUUAUGGGUUGAAUUUCACUAUUUGGAAGGGACAGCCAACAGAGACAGAGCAAAAAUGUUGAAAUUUGUUGACAGUUUUAAUGAAAGUAAACUCGGACAGUAUCUUGGAUGUUUAAGUGAAGAUGCAAAGAGUGACCUUGGCCAACGAUACCUGAUUGAUUUCAUUUUAAUGACUAUAAAUCUUUCAUCGUCUGCUGAAGUUGAGGUUUUCAGGAUUGCAUUUGUUUCCUGCAUGAAUGAACUUCACAAUGAUUGUGAUCUGACCCUUCAAGAGCAGUCACCUCCCUGGAUACAUAUUGCAUACAAUGUUUUCAAAAACCGUCUGCAUAAUUUGUCCAAGACAAUUUCACUCUAUCCAAUAAUCCUGGAACACAUUUACUGUUAUCUACAGGGAAUAAUCAGUUCACAACCUCAGCAAAUGAUGCUUGACAUAUUUGCAAUUUCUGCUUGUGCUGAAAAAGCUCAAGCUUUAGACAUUGUGGGGCUCAAGAGCUGUAAAGAACUAGUAGAAAUAAUGGAAACCAUGCAACCAUCAGUUGAACUCAUUUAUGAUAAAAGCUACAUCAAAGCAUGUGGACCACUAUGUCAGCAAAUCAUUGAUGAAAUCAGAUCAAACUGGGAUUGCGUACUUGUGUUGGCCGUGUUUAUUGAACAUGUCGUAUUCAGUGUACCGGACAGUGAGGCCAAGUUACGAGACAUUGCUGUAAAAUAUUGUGCACAACUUCAGAAGAUCCUCAGAGUAUCCUCUGAUUUGAAAAAGGAAAGAAUGGUUGAAGGAGUUAUUGAAGUAUUGCAGCUGUGCAAUGAAGAAGCUAGUCACUUGGACUACAGAUAUGGCAUCAAAGAAUGUCCAGUCUGCUUUGGGGUGCUGAAUGAUCCAGCUUGCCUUCCCUGCGAACAUGUCUUUUGUUUCAAAUGCCUGGAUCAAUCACUGAGAAUUCGCUCUUUUUGUCCAAAAUGUAAGGCAGAUGUGCCAGGUUCCUUUAAAAUCGGAGUCUCCAACCAAUUAAAAAAGGCUUUGGAAAAAUAUAAUAACUUCCGUCAGCGGUGCAAUUUGUUUUUCAUGGAGGUUGUUUCCAGGUUUUGCUUCAGCGAAGAUUCUCCACCCUCUGAUGAAGUGAUUACAUUGCUGCUGUCAUUGCUAAUAGCAGUCAGGAAACUCCCCGAAGGUAACCUCUACCAGACUCGGAGUUUAACACCAUUCUCAGAAUGCGUGGACAUUAAUCCCAUGAUACGUUCCAUUUUACUGAAACUUAUGCUGCAUUAUAGUUUUGAUAAAGUAAAAGUCUUUAUGCAGAAGUACCUCUCACGUUUAGAAGAAAAUAUAUUCUUGGAAGACCUGCAAGAACUUUAUCUUCUGUUCAUCAAAUGUUUUGAGGACUCAAUAAAUGGGCAAUUUGAACAGUCUGGAGGACUUGGCAAUUUAGAGCUCUUCACACAGAACUGCAGCUUUGCCAGCAGGUUUGCCAGGCGCAGGGUUGCUAGCUGUAAUGAAAAUGCUGCAGAAUACUUGCAGAACAUUGCCAGGCUGCGUUUCUGCUUCAGUCUUACAGCUCAACUGCUGCAUGAGUCACAUAACAGCACAGACGUGAAACACAAAACCAAAGAGGCAAAUUUCAUUGACCAUAUGAAAAUGAUUUGUUUGCAUUCUGGCAAUGACUGGUACCAAGUUUACUUAAUGAGGACAGUCUAUGAUCAUUAUGGGAUGGCAUUUGUUCAGUCUUUACAACAACUUGAAGACUACCACUGGAUGUUUCCAGACAAAAUUAUUGAAAAACAGCUUAAUUGGACAGAUGGACAGAUGGAUCGCUUUAUUUUCUGUGGACAGGAGUAUAAAACCAUUCGUGAUGUGCUUGCUCAGGCAAUCCUGAAAUGCCAAAUGAAUAUUGUGACAAGCCAAUUAAAGGCUUUGAAGUGCUCUUUAAACAAUCAACGGGUUUAUCUGGCAUUGGCCUUCUUCCGUGAAGUAACAUCUUUGUUUGCUGUAGAGGAUUCCAGUCUGCACCCUAGUCCAAAGUUAAUCGAGAUGUUGCAGACAUUUAUUAAGGAUAGUAAACUCUUUGAGGCUGCAGACCUGAAGGAUUUCUGCACUAAACUGGUGGAAAAUGCAGUUGGAAAUCGAGAAUCUUCCCGAUGGAUCAUAGCAAAACAGUCAAACCAACGGCGCAUCCUGGUUGAAAUAAUCGUGCACGCAGCCUUGGUUUUUAUCUGUGGAAAGAAUGUUUUGUCAUCCCCACUCUACAAAAUUGCUUUCAAAUCUGGAGAAAUGAGGCAUGCCUAUUUACCUACCAUGCCAGAAGAUGUUUUUAGUGAAGUUCGGCUAGCAGCUCGAGAGAAGGUGACUUGGUACCAGUGUACAUGUGGUGAACAUAUUCAAGUUGCUAAUUGUGGAAAACCGACAGAAACUGCUCGUUGCACUCAUUGUGGUAAUCUGGUUGGCGGACAAAAUCACCAUGCUGUUUUGGGAUUUACUCCUUCGCAACAUCACACAGAUCAAACUAAAACUGGUCAUGUCUUGGGACACGCCUCAAGAAGAAGUCAAGUUGUUGUACCUGAUCGACAGAUGACUCCCGUUACUUUCCUGUUAUUGCGGACACUGACACAUGUAUCAAUGAUGCUCGGCUCAUUUCACCAUCAUCAGAUUAUUCAAGAAAUAAUUAAGCCAUAUGUACCAAAUGUCUCCGAGUUCCUGUGGCAGCAUCUAGAAACCGAUCUGACCCAGCUUGGAAAGUCACUGGGGAAGAACAUUGAUGAUACAGCUACCUGCAUCCACCUGGUUAUUAAUGAACUUAUGAAUCACACUAAAGUGCACCAAAAAGGAUGGGACGAACAGCUGUCCUCAAAGACAGCGAGAAAUGCAUGGGAGAAUCAGUUCAUCAAGGCUGUUAUUUCUCCAUUGCUGCAGAACCUUGAUGAAAUGUUGUCGCAUGUGGGCAAGCAGAUCAGUUCUGAUGAGAGAAUUGGUGGGAGUCCUGUUGUUACAAUGCUGUUCGGAGACCCAUCAGAUUUUGUCACCUCUAAUGAUGUUUUAAACUGUUCUUCUGCCUGGAAAUACAAUCGUCGAAUAUGUGUAGAGAACUUUGCUCAGAUUGUAGAGCAAAAGGGGGGAAAGAAAGCAACACCUGUACUGUGGAAAUUUCUUCAAAAGGCAAGUUAUAUAAAGAUGCUUAAGAAGUUACCCGAUCUUCUUGGACUGCAGUAUGAAUUAAUCAGGACAUUCCAAAGUGCCUCAAAUGUGAAAUCAAAGACCAUUUCUCAGUUCCUUCAGCAAAUGGCUUCAGGUCAACAGGGCCAAAAGCAAAACUUUGAAAAAAGGAUCAAGAUUUUUUUACAGCUUUGGAAUCAGCUGCGUUUGUUACUGGCAGAAAACAAUCUGAAAAUCCCACAAGAGCUGUGCCAAAAGGAUUUAACGUUUGAAAACUCCAUUGAAAUUUUGUUGCCUCAACCACAGGGUCCAGGCCUUUGUGCCAUUGAACUCAGCAAGUUUCUCAUUGAGAUCCAAAAUGAUCUCCUUGGAGCCAUGAGUGAUCAUAAAAAAUCAUCCAUCAAUCCAGAAGAGGUAUCCGAUGCACAGUUAAUUGUCUGUGACCCUGAUAAAGAUUUCAUUCCACUGGUUUUAUCAAACUGCCAGUACUUCCUGGAAAAAGGACACGAGACAUUACCGGAGUAUGAUAUUAAAAACAUUGAACGUCAGUUAAUACGACUAUUCCUGAAAGGAAAACCAUUCAUAGUUGACUCUAAAAUACCCAAAUUUGUUGGAAGACAUGAAAGAGAUUAUUCAAGCAUCUUCACGGAACUAAAAGCAAAGAUAUCUCAAGAAAUAUUAUCACAUUCUGUCUGCACUGCAGUCACAACAGUGCUGAAAUCUUACAGUGACAUUUGUGAUGCCCUGGAUAUCAUUGAGAUUGUGGUCGGAUUCCUUGCUACUGCAGGAGGAUCCCCAGACAGCCAGCUCCUCUGCUACCUCAAAGAGACUUUACGGAUGGAUCGGCGGGUGUUAACCUGUGUCAGCAAGGCAUUUGAAGGAUGCAAACUAAAGCACACUCUGUCCCUCUGGCAACUCUUAUCAUCGUGGAAAUCUGAGAUCAUGCUGAGCACAGGGAAGGACCCAUUUGAGAGAAUCCCUAAGGCAUACAAGGAACACUUACUUCCUAAAGAAGAAGCAGAGCUGAGAACCUUUUUUGCAUCCACAAACAUCAACACAUUUCUCUGGGAGCUGCAUGAGAUUCUGGUCCUGAAGACUACUCAAAGCAAUGUAGAUGACAACUUCUCAUCGACAUGGAGCCUUAGUGACACAAUUUUGACUUACUUGGAGUCCAAGGAUUCUGAUAUUCUGCCAGGACUAGAAGACAACCUUUCUGGUGAAAUCACUCUGGCUAAAAGCGUCCAGACGUGGAAAUUUGCAGUGAAUUUUAAGAAAGGAAUUCGAUAGUUCAUCCUGAAUGAGCUUUAGGGUCUUUAUGCACUGAAGAAUUGGUGAUGGCAAACCCAAACAAGUGCCUACUUUUUGUGAAGAUUGACCUGUGUAAAGGAUGUCUUAAUUCAGUUGUAAAAGAUUUUGCACUAUGUUCAGAAAUGUCUAUUGUAAGUGAAUUAUUAUGUAGCUAUAAUUGAUCUGUUAUAAAACUUUCAGAAAAGUAUUCCAAGCUGUGCAAUGUCCUGUACAAUCUUUUGAAUGAGUUAUAUAGUGGGAAGGAUCAUUUAAGUCUAAAGUUGUUUCAUGCAAGGAACAUUCAGAUCUCUGCAAUUUAAAAGCUCCCAUUUUGUAUUUAAGAGGUGCAAGUGGUUUGACAUGGUACAACAUUCUGCAACAAAUCCUGUGAAUUAUUUUUUAAUGUUUGGUAUUACUUGCAAACUCAAGUGCCACAAUUUUGCAUUCAGGUCCCAAAGGUGGUGACAGUAAUGGUUUCUGAGUGGAUACAAAACUGAAUUACUUACUUUCAUUUUAAAGCCAUCUCUAAAUAUAGCUUGUUAUCAGAAAGCACAAUGUGGUGUAUAGGAAUGGAGGAAGGCCAUUCAGCCACUCAAACCCAUACUGGCAUUUAAUUAGCUCAUAGCUUAUCUGUAAGUUAACAUCACGUAACCACCUUGGCUCUAACUCCCAUAACAUCCCUCCCUAAAAAAUUAAUUUCUAUUUUUAUUUGUCAAUUUACUUAGAAUCAAGAGGUUUUUUUGGCAAAGGAUGUUUCAGUUUUUCACCAACAUUUGUGCUAAAAUAGGCUUUCUGACAUCUUUCCAGAAUGGCGUAAUUUUAAUUUUAAGGCUGUGUCCCCUUGUUCCAUAUUAAUUCACUUUCCGAUCAACUCCUCUAAUUUAUGCAUAAAAUCAUCCUUUAAUCAUCCUAUCCUCAAGAAAAUACAAGCCACAUCAAUGCGCCUCUGCUUCAUAAAUUAGUUACUUUAGUCCAGUCAACAUUCUGGUAAAUCUGCAUAACCCAUUUUCAAUGAAAAUAGUUAAUGCAUAAUUUAAACCAAGGAUGGUGUGAUAGUAUGGCACUCAUGCUGAGUUUGCUCACCUUUGCUUUGAAAAUUCUGUUUGAAAUUGAAAGUAAUUUCAUAUUCCAUUUAUUUUAUACUAACAGUUGUCUUGAUUAUUGUUCUUUGACUUAAUAUGUAAACAAUCUGGUUGGUAGUGAUUUGAAAUGCUGUAAUUUGCAUUCCAUCCAUUUUCGGUUCAUGUACAAAGGUUAAUUGUAAGAAGUGUUAGAACAGUUAAAAUAUACUCUUUAUUAAAACUGA